AUGACCUUAGAGGACCACAUUAAACAUCUUCGCUGGGUACUCUCACAACUCCGUACUCACAAGCUUUAUGCCAAGCCCGAAAAAUGUCAGUUCCAUUGUACAGAAAUAUCUUAUCUUGGUUAUGACAUCUCCCCUGAAGGUAUAAAGAUGCAACAUAAGAAGGUAGAUACAGUAUUCGACUGGCCUCAACCCUCCAAUAGAAAGGAUAUACAACGUUUUCUAGGCUUCUCCAACUACUAUCGAAAAUUUAUCAAGGGAUUUUCCAAGUUAGCAAAACCCCUGACUCAACUUACAUCCCAGUCCAAACCAUUCAUUUGGACUAAGGAAGCAUCCACAGCUUUUGAAUUUUUAAAGACCUGUUUCUCCACAGCACCUAUACUACGGUUCCCUGAUGCAACCUUGCCUUAG